AUGGGUGCCCUCAGGACCGUGGCUGGCUGGGGGCUUCUGGAUUACAAAACGGAGAAGUAUGUGAUGACCAGGAACUGGCGAGUGGGUGUCCUGCAGAGGCUGCUACAGCUUGGGGUUGCAGUCUAUGUGGUGGGGUGGGCCCUUCUUGCCAGAAAAGGCUACCAGGAACGGGACCUGGACCCUCAAAUUGCCAUCAUCACCAAACUCAAAGGCGUUUCUGUGACACAGAUCAAGGAGCUAGGGAACCGGCUGUGGGAUGUGGCUGACUUUGUGAAGCCGCCACAGGGAGAAAACGUGUUCUUCUUGGUGACCAAUUUUCUUGUGAUGCCGCCCCAAGUUCAAGGCAGGUGCCCAGAGCACCCUUCUGUCCCACUCGCGGCCUGCUGGACAGACAAGGACUGCCCUGAAGGAGAGAUGGGGACGCACAGUCAUGGCUUCAAAACAGGCCGGUGUGUGGUGUUCAACGGGACGCACAGCACCUGUGAGAUCUACAGCUGGUGCCCGGUGGAGAAUGGUGAAGCGCCUCGGAAACCCCUGUUGGCCCAGGCUGAGAACUUCACACUCUUCAUCAAAAACACUGUCACCUUCAGCAAGUUCAACUUCUCCAAGUCCAAUACACUAGAGACCUGGGAUGCCACCUACUUCAAGUGCUGCCGCUAUGACCCAACAGCCAGCCCGUACUGCCCUGUGUUCCGCAUCGGUGACCUGGUGCAGGCCGCGGGCGGGGCCUUUGAGGACCUGGCCUUGCUGGGUGGUGCUGUGGGAAUCCACAUCCACUGGAAGUGUGAGCUGGACGCCUGGAGCUCGGACUGCCGACCCCACUACUCCUUCCAGUUGCAGGAGCGCAGCUACAAUUUCAGGACAGCCACUCACUGGUGGGAGGGCCCUGACGUGGAGGCCCGAAGCCUGCUCAAGCUCUAUGGAAUUAGAUUUGACAUCCUCGUCACGGGCCAGGCAGGGAAGUUCGGGAUCAUCCCCACAGCUGUCACCCUGGGCACUGGAGUGGCGUGGCUGGGUGUGGUCACCUUUUUCUGUGACCUGUUGUUGCUCUAUGUGGACAGAGAAGCCCGUUUCUACUGGAGGACCAAGUACGAGGAGGCGAAGGCUCCCAAGGUGACGGCCAACUCCAUGUGCAACAAGCUGGUAUUCAGCACCCUCUUAACCGGCAGCUGCCUGAAGGCCCAGAAGCAGCUACUUUGUCGAAAGGCAGCCUCUCCAGCAGCCGUGCACCAGGCCUCUGGCUGGCAGGUGGAGUUAGAAGAGUGA